AUGCGGGGCGAGUACAAGAACUCGGGCAACGGAUUCCAGGGCUUUUCGCUGUACUCUUCCUCGGACCUGGUCAACUGGGACUCGCACGGCCUGGUGGUGCCGCCUUCGUCGUCGCUGCCUUUCCAGGUGGGCGAGCGACCGAAACUCAUCAAGAACCCGACGACGGGCGAGUAUGUACUGUGGUUCCAUGCGGACAGCUCCAACUAUUCGCUCGCCAAGGUGGGAGUGUGCUAUGCCAGCUCCGUUACGGGACCCUACACCUGCCCUCAAGAGGGGGUCUUUAGUCCCCUGGGUAUGGAAAGUCGAGACAUGAAUGUCUACGUCGAUCCGGUCAAUGACCAAGGCUACCUGCUGUUCGCCACGAAUGGAAAUGCCGAUACCGCGGUGGCCAAGAUGACAUCGGACUACAAGAACGUCACGACUCUCACGCAGACCAUCCACUCGAGACUCGAAGGCUUUGGAGUGUUCAGAGACGACGCAGGGCUGUACAACAUGGUCGUUUCCAACCAGAGUGGUUGGCAACCCAAUGCCAACUCACUCUAUACGACCAGCGAUCUGGGAAAAGUCAACCUGACCUAUUCGAACUACAUUGCGCCUCAGGGGGUGAAUACGUACAACUCGCAAAACACCUUCGAGAUCCAGCCGAACGACAACCUCGAUGUGUAUCUCGGCGAUAGAUGGUGGGUGACGGAUCUGGAACAGAGUUCGUACGUGUGGUACCCUAUUGUAUCGCGCAGUCUCGUGCAUCUUCCGCUCUGGAGGCCUGAUUCUUCCGCGCAAGGCUAUGCCGUUCCGGCAAACAAGACUUUUCCCCUCAGCCCGAGCACAGCAACAAAGACGGGAUCCCAGGCGGCGUUUGGUGAUUGCGCCGCUUGCCCGUCCGGUAAAAUCGCCACCUACGUCGGAAACGGUAACACCUUCACGCUCAAUGAUGUCACGACACCCAGUGGCAAUGCCGGAGACGUGUGGGUUAGCGUCUACUAUUCGAACCAAAACUCCUACCCCGACUGGAGAUUCGGCUCGGUCACCGUGAAUGGCAAGACCAACAAUAUCACUUACCCCACCGGUGGCAACCCAGCAAACACCCUCCAGGACACCCCCGUCAAGUUGUCCCUCCAGGCCGGAAAUAACGCCGUCACUUUCGGCGCACCCGCAAACGAUCCCACCCAGUACGCCGCCGAUAUCAGCCACAUCAUCGUAUGGCAGAGCGACGCCUAG